AUGUUGACGGAUCAGCCAAUUCCCCGUGGCGGGAAGCUCGACGAGAGACAUGAUGACGAUGUCGGGGACAAUCUGUUCGCAAUUUCACCUGUUGCGGGCCCAGUUGUCGAGGCAGCUAUCCCCGUUGUCGAAGAGCCGGCACCAAGCUCUCGGAUGCACCUGCAUCAGGCGCUUCGCCCCCACGACGGAAGAGUCACGAACACCUCCACCCGAGGCCGAGGCCGCACCGGGCGCGCCAGUUUCUCCCCAAUCAGAUCGGGCCAAGGGAAGACACCGCCGGGAGCGAAGCCACUCUCCGGCCCCCGUCGCAAGCACGUUUCCCAGCGUCGGAAUAGUCAACCUGAUGCUUCGUGCGAUUCGUCCCCGAAACCUAAGGAGCCUCCGCGGCUGGACGAGGGCGCGUUCAACAAGGCGCUCUCUGAUGCGAAAGGCAAGACUCGUGUCGAGUUGGGUGGCAAGGCUCGAAGACGCAACAUCGAGGAUGAAGCGGAGGCCAGCGAUAUGGGGGACACGCUAUGCGACGCAGUUGAUAUCGACCGUCGUGCAGACGCAGAAGACGACGACCACCCCUGUACCCGGACGAGCAGUUCCAUCGUGGCCCCCUACGUCGACCUGCCGCAGCAUCACCCCUUCAGUCAACCUCACCACCCGUUCAGCCAGCCGCUCAGCCAGCCGGUAUUCGCUCCGCGUCUCGGGGCUUCCUCCAGCGCCAGUUCCACGAGCUCCGCGCUGUUCCCUCUUAGCAACUUGAGCCCCGGUAGGAACAAUGCGAAACUCGACCCUGAACAACUGCUCAAUGCCGAUCGAAAGCGUCCCUUGAGUUCUCCAUCGAAGCGGUGCCGAACGGAGGACCACCCUGCCAGCGAAACUGUCCAGCGGAAGCACACCGGCGUGCAUUUCGAGGACCAUUCAAUGCCGCAACCGUCCCACCUCGCCGACAAGGGUGACUCGCACUCCUCCCAUCAAUCCCUCGACGAGCGAAGCUUCAAGCGUCCUCAUCCCGCAUCGCCCCUCCCCCUCAGCCGUCGAAGAGCGCCGGGCACACACGCCGCCACACUCUCGGCGGCUCCGUCACCCCAGACAUCUUCUACGACCACCCGGCACGCCACCUACCGACCCUCGUGCCCGACGGACCUCACUCGGCCUCCGUCGGGCUCCAGCCUGGCAGCGACGCCUCUCGCGCGAGAACUCCUUCCAGUUCCUGUUCCCCUCCGGGCCCGGCCACACGCGCACCAUCACGCUCCCGCCGCGUCCGCGUACCUGCCCGGGGCGGGCACGUCCCUGUCGUCGCCGCGCGCAGCGGACGCGCGGUUCGUGAACGCCGUGCCCGCGGCGGAGCGCGAGCUGCUGCAGGCGUACGUGAUGCAGCUCGUGGUGCAGACGAUGGCCCAGAACCACGGCUUCCACGAGGACAUCGUGCGGAGGCUGUGCGAGGAGACGGGGUCGUUCGCGAAGGCAGACAGGCGGCUCCUGGUCAUGCGCGAGGGUGCGAGCGAGGCACUUUACAGGUUCGACGACUCCGACGAGGAGGAGGGCGGGGAAGCGGGGACUGCGAGCGGCGUCAGCGACGCGUCGAACCGCAGGGGCUCCGAAGACGCGGCGGAGGUCGAGGGCGUGCUCAGCCAGGACAGAUGGCUGCGCGGCGAGCUCCCCCAGGCGGAGAGCACCCGGGUCGUCUCGCGGCCCCCUGCGGUGCCCCAGCGCGGACGCGUCAGCUUUGGCGGGCGCGACCAGUUGCACAUCACCCCCGUGGCGGCGGACAGCGAGUCGAGCGUGGACAUGGAGUACUCCCCUCCGAAGACUUCGCGCGCGCAUCGCCACCUCCGGAAGGGUCGGGCGGAGGAGGCGCGCGAGGUCAAUCUUAUGGAGAUGCUGUCGUACGGCAAGGAGGACUGGCGUCGGCUGGAGCGGCUAAACGGGCCUGGGGGCGCGAAGAAGGCGUUCGGAAAGGCCCUCGAGAAGCUGCUCUGA